AUGGCAAUGGGCCAGCUAAAGCAACGCCCCCAUUUACGCCAGGAUCCGGGGUACCGGUUUAGGCCGCUGCUGUCCGCCAACCCUGCCAAUUGGCAGCUCCGAACGCCGGGAUCGGCAGUGGCUAUCCACGGCCGUCGUCGCUGCAAGAAAAAUUCCCAUUUUCUCUUCCGCGCGCGGAGCUUACAAGACCGGCACAAUGUCGACAACCUUGGGGCAAGUUGCGGCCCGCAGACCGGCAAUCCGCGAGAUGGCGCAGCUAACCAUCGAAACAGCGCCUUUAUCGCCGGUGGCAUUGCCGCCUGCGGUGCCGUGACGGCUACACAUCCCUUUGAGACUGUCAAAAUUCGGUUCGUCCCGGCCCUGCUUGCCCUCUCCCCAAGUUGGCGCUGCCGCAGAGAAUUGAAGGACAAGGUACAUCAACCCCAUCAGUACCGCGGACCUCUGCAGGGUGUAUCCGUCAUUGUCAGAAAUGAGGGCGUUCGGGGCAUCUACCGUGGUAUCGGCUGCGCGUACGUCUACCAGGUCCUGCUAAACGGUUGCCGUCUGGGCUUUUACGAGCCCAUGCGCCACGGCCUCGCCUCCUUGAUCUACAACGAUGGCAGUAAGCAGAGCUUGGGCAUCAACAUGUUCUGCGGCGCUGGAUCGGGAAUAAUGGGAGCUGCUGCCGGUAGCCCCUUCUUCCUUGUAAAGACCCGGUUACAGAGUUUCUCUCCUUUCCUGCCCGUCGGCACACAGCACAAAUACCGCAACGCUUGGAACGGCCUCAGUUCGAUCUACCAUAACGAGGGAGUUCGCGGUCUCUACCGCGGUGUUGGCGCCGCCAUGAUUAGAACCGGUUUCGGAAGCUCUGUCCAGCUGCCCACCUAUUUCUUUGCCAAGAGGAGAUUAGUCCGCCAUCUGGGCAUGGAAGAGGGCCUUCCUCUGCACCUUGCUAGCAGUACUGUCAGCGGUUUCGUUGUUUGCUGCGUAAUGCAUCCUCCUGACACCAUCAUGUCCCGCCUGUAUAACCAGAACGGAAACCUGUACAAGGGAGUUUUUGACUGCCUGUCCAAGACCGUCCGCACCGAGGGACUGUUCGCCAUUUACAAGGGAUUCCUGCCUCACCUGGCCAGAAUUCUCCCCCACACCAUCUUGACCCUGACCUUGGCCGAGCAAACGAACAAGCUGAUUAGGAAGCUCGAAGAUCGCAUCCUGCCUACGGCCGCCCUGCAAAACCCGUGA